AGCUCUCACUCCCUCGCUCACUCGCUCGCAGGGACACACGCAGGGGCUGACAGCUGUGCUGGUGCUGAUAAGGGAAGCCACAAGGAGACGAUCGAGGAGAGAGACAAGCGGCAGCAGAGGCACAGCAGAGGCAGCACCAGGGCUGCGGAGCUGCUGGGAGUGGGAGUGACUCCCCACCUCGGGCCCCCACCCUGUCCCUGUCCUCCUCCCGCUUGCCCUGAGUUUAGAAGAGCAGCCGCUGCCACCACCGCCACUCCGGAGGGCACCAGGGGUUUGCUGGCCAGGGAGGGACAGGGGCAGGGAGGCUCUGGCUGGUCCCAGAAGCCGGGGACAGAUGCCGAUCGAGAUUGUGUGCAAAAUCAAAUUUGCAGAAGAGGAUGCGAAACCCAAGGAGAAAGAGGCAGGGGAUGAGCAGAGCCUCCUGGGGGCUGCGCGGGGGACAGCAGCCCCCCGGGACCUGGCCACCUUUGCGAGCACCAGCACUCUGCACGGGCUGGGCAGGGCCUGUGGCCCAGGCCCCCAUGGACUUCGCAGAACCCUUUGGGCACUGGCCCUACUCACCUCACUGGCCACCUUCCUGUACCAGGCAGCCGGCCUGGCCCAGGGCUACCUGACCCGGCCUCACCUGGUGGCAAUGGACCCUGCUGCCCCAGCCCCAGUGGCUGGCUUCCCAGCUGUCACCCUCUGCAACAUCAACCGUUUCCGGCAUUCAGCACUCAGCGACGCCGACAUCUUCCACCUGGCCAAUCUGACAGGGCUGCCCCCCAAAGACCGGGAUGGGCACCGUGCCGCUGGCCUUCGCUACCCGGAGCCAGACAUGGUAGACAUCCUCAACCGCACUGGCCACCAGCUUGCUGACAUGCUCAAGAGCUGCAACUUCAGUGGGCAUCACUGCUCCGCCAGCAACUUCUCUGUGGUCUAUACUCGCUAUGGGAAGUGUUAUACCUUCAAUGCAGAUCCACAGAACUGGCUGCCCAGCCGGGCUGGGGGCAUGGGCAGUGGCCUGGAGAUCAUGCUGGACAUCCAGCAGGAGGAGUACCUGCCCAUCUGGAGAGAGACAAAUGAGACAUCAUUUGAGGCCGGCAUCCGAGUGCAGAUCCACAGCCAGGAGGAGCCACCCUAUAUCCACCAGUUGGGCUUUGGUGUGUCCCCAGGCUUCCAGACCUUUGUCUCCUGCCAGGAACAGCGGCUGACCUAUCUGCCCCAGCCCUGGGGCAACUGCCGGGCCGAGAGUGGGCUCCGGGAGCCUGAGCUUCAGGGCUACUCAGCCUACAGUGUGUCUGCCUGCCGGCUGCGCUGUGAAAAGGAGGCUGUACUCCAGCGCUGCCACUGCCGGAUGGUGCACAUGCCAGGCAAUGAGACCAUCUGCCCACCAAAUAUCUACAUCGAAUGUGCCGACCACACCCUGGACUCCCUGGGUGGGGGUUCCGAGGGCCCAUGUUUCUGCCCUACCCCCUGCAACCUGACCCGCUACGGGAAAGAGAUCUCCAUGGUCAGGAUCCCCAACAGGGGCUCAGCCCGGUACCUGGCAAGGAAGUACAACCGCAAUGAGACCUACAUACGGGAGAACUUCCUGGUCCUAGACAUCUUUUUUGAAGCCCUGACCUCUGAGGCCAUGGAGCAGCGAGCAGCCUAUGGCCUAUCAGCCCUGCUGGGAGACCUUGGGGGACAGAUGGGCCUGUUCAUUGGGGCCAGCAUCCUCACACUGCUGGAGAUCCUUGACUACAUCUAUGAGGUGUCCUGGGAUCGACUGAAGAGGGUAUGGCGGCGUCCCAGGACUCCCCUGAGGACCUCCACAGGGGGCAUCUCCACUUUGGGGCUGCAGGAGCUGAAGGAGCAGAGUCCCUGCCCAAGCCGGGGCCAUGCUGAGGGUGGGGGAGCCAGCAGUCUGCUCCCCAACCACCACCACCCACGUGGACCCCCAGGAGGCCUCUUUGAAGACUUUGCCUGCUAGGACAGUGCUGUGUCUGAAAGGACCCAGGAGUCUGGGACCCCUCCCCAUAUCCUCAAUAUAGCCUCCUCCUGCUCCUGGGACAGGCCUGGGGGCAGCCCAGGACUGAGCGGGGGAGGGCGGUGCUCACAAGGAAGGUGGGGACUCGGUUCCUGCUCUUGCUGGCCCAGCGCCAGCUGCUUUGCACAAGGGUCCUUCUUGUCCACACCUCCCCACCCACUGGGCUGGUGCCCAGGGAGGCUGGAGGGGAGGAGAAGAAAGGAGAGACGUGAGAAAGGGGCCCACACCAGCAGGGGUGGAACCCUCUGUAUAUUUGUAUAUAUUUAGGGGGGACAGGGUGGGGGUGGGGGUACAGAUGUAGAAGGCAGGUAGGGCUACCAGGGUGGGUAAUGCCAGCCAGGGUUCCAGCCCUAGAGUGCCACAGGAGAGGGCGAGCCCCUAGGGCUCAGGAGUGCUGGGCUGGUUCCUCUCCAGGCCCAGCUCCCCUUUGGCAGGGGGAGUGGGUGACCCAGCAGGCCUGGCCCCCACCUCCAGUCCCCUCCACAAAGAGCAGGCAGACCUUUCAGACCUUGGCUGAGCUUCGGGGUGGGGAAGGGAGCCUUCUCAGACCUCUCUGCCUCUAGCCUGGUUUUAUAAAGUGCUGACGAAAUUGGGAAUAAAGAGGCAUAAAGAAUUCUCUGUGCAUAUGUGACCAAGCUG